UGAAAGCCGCGGUGGAAGCCGCUGAGCAGAAAGACGUAAGCAGACUAACUGUAGCUGCCGGGAGCAAGAGGGGAUGUAACCCGUUCGGCUCAAGGCUGCUAGGUGCGUAAUCCCGAGUCGACCCGUUGUGGAGCGGGUGCAGGUAGCUAGCAUUGCCACAGGUGAUUUGAUUUCCUAUGACGGUAGCUCAGCCAUCCGGACCAAUUUCGAAACAUUCUUAUUUUGAAGUCCUUUUUGUUUUUCUGGUGCCAUCUGGAGAAGGGGCAAGACUGCAAGUAAAACUCUUAAUGUUGAUAAAUUGAUGACCAGAAUUUAAAAAGUGACUCUUCUCGUCCUCUCGUCUCCUUUCGGUUAGACAGAUGGGAGCCAUGGCUUACCACUUACUCCUCUGCCUCCUGUUCGCCCAUCUGGGAUUGGGAGCUGUUGGCGCCAGCCGCGACCCUCUGGGACGGUCGGAUUCUCCUCGAGAGAGGACCCUGAAGGGGAAGCAGCACGACCAGCACCUUGUUCGAGCCUCUGCCUCGGAUCCUUCGAUACCCUGGAGCCACUCCACCGACGGCACCAUCUUGGCGCAGAAACUCACCGAGGAGGUGCCCAUGGACGUGGCCUCUUACCUCUACACUGGGGACUCCCUCCAGCUGAAGCGAGCCAACUGCUCUGGCCGCUAUGAGUUGGCAGGCAUGCCAGGGAAGUCAUCAGCCCCUGCCACCUCUCACCCUUCCUUGCACGGAGCGCUGGACACCCUGACACACGCCACCAACUUCCUCAAUAUGAUGUUGCAGAGCAAUAAGUCGCGGGAGCAGAACUUGCAGGACGACCUGGAGUGGUACCAGGCGUUGGUGCGGAGUCUCCUGGAAGGCGAGCCCAGCAUCUCCCGGGCGGCCAUCACCUUCAGCACCGAGUCACUGUCCGCGCCUGCCCCGCAGGUCUUCCUCCAGGCCACCCGAGAGAAGAGCCACAUCCUGCUCCAGGACCUGUCCUCCUCGGCUCACCACUUGGCCAACGCCACGCUGGAGACCGAGUGGUUCCAUGGCCUCCGGCGCAAGUGGAGGCCCCACUUUCACCGCCGCGGCUCCAAUCAGGGGCCCCGGGGCCUGGGCCAUAGCUGGCGGCGCAGGGACGGGCUCGGUGGGGAUAAAAGCCAUGUCAAGUGGUCUCCGCCUUAUUUGGAGUGCGAGAACGGGAGUUACAAGCCCGGCUGGCUGGUCACUCUCUCCGCUGCUUUCUACGGGUUGCAGCCUAACCUGGUCCCUGAAUUCAGGGGUGUCAUGAAAGUUGACAUAAAUCUUCAGAAGGUGGACAUUGACCAGUGUUCAAGUGAUGGCUGGUUUUCAGGAACUCACAAAUGCCACCUCAACAAUUCAGAGUGUAUGCCAAUUAAAGGCCAAGGAUUUGUGCUUGGAGCCUAUCGGUGCAUUUGCAAAACAGGAUUCUAUCAUCCUCAAAUCUUCUCAGUGAACAGCUUUCAGAGAAGGGAUCCAGAUCAACUUUUUGCAGGAAAUGCAAAGGACUUGUCAGAAGAAGCCCAUGUCUGCCUACCCUGCAGAGAGGGCUGCCCCUACUGUGCUGAUGACAGCCCGUGCUUUGUCCAGGAGGAUAAGUAUUUGCGACUUGCUAUCAUCUCCUUCCAAGCCCUGUGUAUGCUGCUGGACUUCUUUAGCAUGCUAGUGGUCUACCACUUUCGCAAAGCAAAGAGCAUCAGGGCAUCAGGCCUUAUCCUAUUGGAAACAAUCCUUUUUGGGUCUCUGCUUCUGUACUUUCCGGUUGUUAUUUUGUACUUUGAGCCAAGCACAUUUCGCUGUAUUCUCCUAAGAUGGGUUCGCCUUCUGGGUUUUGCUACUGUUUAUGGAACUGUCACUCUCAAGCUUCACAGAGUUUUGAAGGUGUUUCUUUCACGAACAGCCCAACGAAUUCCAUAUAUGACGGGUGGACGCGUCAUGAGAAUGCUCGCAGUCAUCCUCCUGGUAGUGUUUUGGUUUCUUGUUGGCUGGACAUCGUCUGUAUGCCAGAAUUUGAAAAAGCAGAUUUCACUUACUGGCCAGGGGCAAACAUCUGAUCACCUCAUUUUCAAUAUGUGCCUCAUAGACCGAUGGGAUUACAUGACAGCAGUUGCUGAAUUUUUAUUCCUCUUGUGGGGUGUUUAUCUCUGCUAUGCAGUGCGGACAGUCCCAUCAGCUUUUCAUGAACCACGCUAUAUGGCUGUUGCAGUUCACAAUGAGCUCAUUAUCUCUGCUAUAUUCCAUACAAUUAGAUUUGUUCUUGCUUCAAGACUUCAGUCUGACUGGAUGUUGAUGCUGUAUUUUGCACAUACCCAUUUGACUGUGACAGUCACCAUCGGGUUGCUUUUGAUUCCAAAGUUUUCACAUUCAAGCAAUAACCCACGAGAUGAUAUUGCUACAGAAGCAUAUGAAGAUGAGCUAGACAUGGGCCGAUCUGGAUCCUACUUGAACAGCAGUAUCAAUUCGGCCUGGAGUGAGCACAGCUUAGAUCCAGAGGACAUUCGGGAUGAGCUGAAGAAACUCUAUGCCCAACUGGAAAUAUAUAAAAGGAAAAAGAUGAUCACAAAUAAUCCCCACCUCCAGAAAAAGCGGUGCUCUAAAAAGGGCUUAGGACGUUCAAUCAUGAGACGAAUUACUGAGAUCCCAGAGACUGUCACCAGGCAGUGUUCCAAAGAGGACAAGGAAGUCACAGACCACAGCACAGCCAAAAGCACUGCCCCCGUUAGGAAGAACCCGCAAGACUCUUCAUGUAACUCUGGAAAACCCAAGGAGGAGUCCCUAAAAAACCGAGUCUUCUCACUAAAGAAAUCCCACAGCACUACUUAUGAUCAUGUAAGAGAACAAAUGGAAGAGUCCAAUACCUUACCAUCAGAAAGCCAAGAAGAGGAGGCUACAGAAAAUUCCAUGCUAGAGUCUCUGUCAAGUAAAAAACUAACACAAAAACUUAAAGAAAACAGUGAGUCUGAGUCCACGGAGUCAGUGCCUUUGGUGUGUAAGUCAGCAAGUGCUCACAAUCUCAGUUCAGAGAAGAAGCCUGGGCACCCAAGAACAUCUAUGUUACAAAAGUCUCUCAGUGUCAUAGCAAGUGCCAAGGAGAAGACUCUUGGAUUAGCUGGGAAAACCCAAACGUCAGGUGUGGAAGAACGUGCUAAAUCCCAGAAACCUCUGCCAAAAGAUAAAGAGACAAACAGAAAAUGUUCAAAUUCAGAUAACACUGAGACUAAGGAUUCUGCCCCCCGAAACUCCAAUCAUUCAGAGGAGCCAAGAAAACCUCAGAAAUCUGGAAUUAUGAAACAACAAAGGGUCAACACCCACACAGUCAAUCCUGACAUGAGACCAGCUACCACACAGACGAAGGACAACUUUGACAGAGAAGAAGUAUGCCCUUGGGAGAUUUAUGACAUGACCCCUAGUCUUGUGCCUUCAGAAUCAAAAGUUCAAAAACAUGUAUCUAUCGCAGCUUCUGAAAUGGAGAAAAAUCCAACUUCUUCCUUAAAGGAGAAAUCUCAUCAGAAGCCUAAGGCAGCUGAAGCAUGUAAGCAAUCCAAUCAGAAGAACAUAGAUAAGGCUGAGGUAUGCCCUUGGGAGAGCCAAGGUCCGUCCCUUUUUGAAGAUGAAAAGCAUUUGAUUUCCAAGACUCGGGUUCUCCCAGGGAGACCUAAAGACGAGAAUACCAGUCAGCAUUAUGCAGCCAAUGUGUGUACUGGGCAAUAUGAAGAACUGCCCCCCAAAGUUGUAGCAUCAAAAGCAGAGCGUGAAAAUCUCAGUCAAAUAGGAGAUCGGGAAAAAAAGAUAUCUUCUUCUGAGGAAAAUGUGCCUGGCUCCUAUAACUCAAGUAAUAACUUUCCUCAGCCUUUAACAGCUCGAGCUGAGGUGUGUCCUUGGGAGUUUGAGACCCCAGAUCAACCAAAUGCUGAGAGAAAUGUAGCUUUACCUGCCUCUUCUGCUUUAAGUGCAAACAAAAUAGCAGGGCCUCAGAAAUAA